GGGACCCCACCGGGACGCCUCGCCCUCUGACGACGGAGCUCCUCCUGGCUGGUUUUGGCCUCCCCUUCGGGGCUGAUUGGAUUCCUCCCCAUCCCCCGACCUUCGGACUUUGGACCCCCGUGUCUUUUUGAUCGCUCCUUAGGAUAAUUUUUUUCCACUUCCCUUCCGUUCUUUUCCCGUUCCUUCCUGGCCGGCUGCGAUCCGUUCCUUUGUGGCGUUCCUCUCCAUGGCUCCAAGGACGCGGCGGCGGAGGAGCCUCGCGCGGCCGCUGGCCGUCCCGGCGGGGGCCUCUUGAGGCCGGGAGGCUUUCCAGAGCACGGACGGAAGGAAGGAAGGAGCCCCUUGGAUGUGCAUUCUGGAGUGACGCCGCCCGAGCCCCGCGACGCUGCCAGCCAUGUUGGCCUGCCUCCAGCGAACGCAGAACCCGCCCAGCCAGCACCUGGCGUGCCCGAGCAAGUCCCUGGAGCCACGCAAGUGCGAUGCCAUGGCCCCCACGCAUUCUCCCCGCUACCCCAGCCCGGCCGAACUGGACGCCUACGCCCAGAAAGUGGCCAACCACCCCCUCACCAUCAAGAUCUUCCCCACCAACGUCAGGGUCCCGCAGCAGAAGCACCUUAAUCGGACGGUGAACGGGUACGACACGACGGGGCCACGGUUCAGCCCCUACCCUGUGCACGCGAGCAGCUACCAGGGCCUGCUGGCCAUCGUGAAGGCCACCAAGUCGUCCUCAUCGUCCUCCUCCUCCUCUGGGAAAGGGCUAGUGAAGAGCGCAGAGGGCAAGCGGACUAAAACGUCCCCCGCCGCCCACGCGGCCGUGGCCCCCUAUCCGGUGACGAGCACUUUAGCGCCCGGCCCUUCCUGCGCCCCUCAGCUGAGUUACCACGGCAGCCAGAAGCAGACAGAGGCUCCGGCGCCCCCCAACGUCACGGUGGCCGCCUCGGUGAUCCCGCACGCCGGCAGGGGCUUGGCCCUCCCCCAGGCCAACCUGCCCUCCAUCCAGAACAUCAUCUUCCAGAUCAACCAGCAGUGCCAGGCUCAGAGCGGGCAGCCCCUCUGCCCGGGGGUCACCAUGGCCAACCCCAGCCCGGCCAAGCACGCCUCCGCCAACAGCUUCGGGCUGGUGGGGCCGAAGCCGGGCCUCUUCCCGGACAGCAUGGAGUACCUGCUAUGGCAGCAACAGCAACAGCAGCAGCAGCAGCAAAACCACCAUCAUCACCAUCAUCACCACCUCCGGAUGUACAGUGCAGGGAGCGGGGGCGGCGGGGCCGUCAGCAAGUCGCCGGAGGUGUGCUCGGGGCUCUUGCGCGCCUACCCCCUGCCGGGUGUGGCCGACAAGGUGAGCUCCUCGCCCUUGAACUGUUUGGGCGCCCACGGGAAUUUCUCGGUGGGGCCGUACUUUGCGCCCCCUUGGAACAGCGUCCUGGUCACCCCCAACAGCGACUGCUUCAACCCCCAGGAGCUGGCCAACGGGCACCGGGGGGAGCUGGGGGUGCCCCCCUCGGACGGGCUGCCCAGCCUCCCCAGUAAGACCCUCUGCAACGCCUCGAUCCUGAGCAGCAGCCUCCAGUCGCUCGAGUAUCUCAUCAACGACAUCCACCCUCCGUGCAUCAAGGAGCAGAUGCUGGGGAAAGGCUACGAGACCGUCUCGGUCCCGCGCCUCUUGGACCACCAGAACGCGCACAUCCGCCUCCCCGUCUACAGAUAAGAGCCGCCACCGGCGCCCUCUCCCGAGCCCGUGGGCGACCCGCGGCUACUACGGACGGACACGCUCUCUCUUUCUCUAUAUCUCUCUUUCCCCCCUUAACUUUCUUCCGGCCCCACGGGGAGAAGGAGAACGGAUACGGUACAGCCCGCAGUGUCGCCCGCGUCGUGGGGAAAAACACUGCCGUUUUCUGCUGCUGAGGUUCACGCGCCUGGCUGCUCCGGGAUGGAGGGGAUCGCUUGUCUAUUUAGCUCAGAAAAAAAAGAUGUGUUUUUAUUUCUUAAGAAUGUGAACAGGGAGGUGCUGUCCGAUUUUGCUGCUAACCCAGGGAAAAGAAGGCUUUCCGUUUUGUUUUUGAGCGUGAGAACGGGCGUGCGUGUGGGUGUGCGUCUGUGUUAACCAGCUGGAUUUGCAUGUGGAGGGGGGCGCCCCUUUUCCCAUCUUCUCGAGAGAAGCUCCUGCCCUCUGUUGAGUUCAAGUAGGGGUUUGAAACGCGCUCUGGUAAGGAUCCGGAUCCCAGCCUCUCUCCCUCCUACUCCCCUGUCCACUCCCAGGAAUCCAGGUGGCUUAGCCGUAUGGCUUCAUCUCCUUUCUAGCUGAAAUCUAUGACUUGCACUGUUUCAAUUUAAAGCUAAUAAUAAUUUUGGGACAGUAGAUCGGGAGGAGAUUUUAAGGAAGGAAGACAAACACUUGAAAACUUGAAGCAACCUUUUUUUUUUUAGUUCUAGUUAACCUACUGUACAUUUCUGUGUUCAGCUGCUACAUGACGGAGCCCUUCUCCUCCAAGAUGUUACGGCCCUAGGUUGUUGGGGUUUUUUUUUAUAAAUUAAAACCUUACAGUUUAUUAUUAUAAUUAUUAUUAUAAUUAUUAUUUUUAAUGGUGAUUUUUUUUCAUUGCCUGUGAGAAAGAGAAUGUGUGCGUGCGUAUGUUUGGGAGAUGAGCAAGAAAAGCUAACAGGUGAUGCGACAGAGCCACCUUCUCCAGUCUGGUACCAUGCUGUCUGGGGGUGAUGGGCAUUGUGGUCUGACCCAGCUGAAGGGCUCCAGAUUGGGGAGGGCUACUUUAGUGCAAGGAAAAGGCCGUCUUAGUGGUCUGUAAGUCUUCCCUUGCCCUUCAUCUCAAUCCAUGCUGCUCCUUUCAAGUCUGUCCUUAUAGCACCAGGCUAUGGGCCCAUGUUUUGAUAGGAGAUAAAAGGUGUGGAGCAGAGAGCAAGUGAAAGGGUAGGGAAUUUGCUUCUUCAAUAUCCGGAGCAGAGGAUUAUAUUCCUGUUUCCGUGCUUCUGUCAGGAUGCUUCUAGAGCUGUGAAAUUCCUGCAUCAGCAGCGGGCUAGACUAGAUGACCCCGGGGUGUCCCUUCCAACUCUGCAAUUCUAGGACUCUGUAGUUUCUGUUUUGUUUUGCAGGAAAUUAAAAAAAAAACUGAGCUGGACCCAUAAUGGCAGUCCCUGUUCCACCCCAAAUUCUCGCACAUGCACACACCCCUUUAGCUCAUAUAUAAAUCAGGUGGGAUGGACAAAAGCAUCCGGAAAAAGUGGAGGUUUGUGGGACUGUUUGAAAGAGGUGGGCAGGAGGAGGGAAAGGCUGUACCGCAUGGCACGUUGGGUUCAUGUUGCCCUUUCUCCCUUGCUUCUUCCUUUCCGUUUGCCCAGUUGAGCGACAGGGGCAUUGUGGAUCCCCCAAACCGUAAGGUAUUUCGGGGUCGGUUCUGCCUUUAUUCUGUUCUCAAAGCGGCUCACAGGGGAGGAACAAGCGUUGGAUCCCACCGGAUGCAUCUCUUGUGUCCCUGUAGGAAGGGCCUCUCUUAUGGGUUACAAUAUUUUGCAUUCUUUUUUUUUAAAAAAAAUCCCUCUUUAAAAGGAGGAAGAAGAAGCUCUUCUUCCCCCUCUAAAAUAAAAUAAAAUAAAAAGGCCAUUCAAACCCUGCAAGCUAAGUGUUUUCGCACAGUUUUAUUCCAAGGGGCUUUUGCAGAAAUGACCAUUUCUUCCCCCCUCCCUCCCCGCCCCCUCACCUCAGAGCGACUGUGCGCAGAAUCUGGAGGGUCCUGUGUGUCUUUAACCACCUGUUCCAGCACUAAGUGCAUUUACAAAUCUCUUGAGAAUGUGUUUUUAUAUGGAAAAAAAAAGUGACCAUUAUAUUCUACUGUGAGAAGUGCACCCUGCACUGUAUUGUUUUAAAAAUGAGAGAAAAACAAAAAGAUAGAAAAAAAAAUCAGCAAACGGUGUCUCUGGGUGUUGUCUGUCUUUUUUCUCUGCCCUUCUUCCCUUUCACCGCCAACCCAACCACCCUUCGAGAAGAAAAGAAAAAAAAUAUAUAUUAAAACCUGGGCUUUCUCUGGAUGUCUGGUUCUGGAAUUUGCUUGCUCGCCUUCCCUCU